AGCCUUUGUAUUUGUCAAUAUCUAUGAUUCCUGUUUCCGGAAGAAAGACAGGACAAAAUAAACGGUUGUGCUUUACGAUCCGUAACCGUGGAUUGACCCUUGACUUUCAGAUUAACAGUGAUGUCAGGGAUGAAGCGGCCAUCACUGGAUGAUGCCUCAACCUCUGGUCCACCAGAGAAGAGGAGAGAAGGGGAGGAGCCUGGUACAGCUGUGGAGACAGUUAUUAAACUUGGUGGUGUCUCUAACACGGAAGAGCAGGAUAUACGAGCCUUAGUAGCUAAAAACCGGAAGCUGGCAGAAGCACUGGAUCAGCGCCAGGGCAUUGAAGAUGAGUUGAGGGACACCAUUGAGAAACUGGAACGUCGCCAGGCUACUGAUGAUGCCAGUCUGCUCAUAGUCAAUAGAUACUGGAGUCAGUUUGAUGAGAACAUACGUCUUAUUAUGAAGAGGUAUGACUUGGAGACACAGCUUAGUGAUUUGAUCACAGACCGCAGGACUUUGGAACCUACUGAGAUUGAGCAUGACUCUGACAGCAACCAGGAAAGGAGCAGUGUUCGAGAGAAGGAGAGAGAAGAAAGGGACAGCAAGCGGGAAGACAGAGGGCAGAGCGAGGCACCAUUGUCCUUUUUAGCUAACCUAGCCAGUAGCAGCAGUGAAGAGAUGGAGUCCCAGUUGCAGGAGAGGCUAGAAUUCAGUCAAAGGGCAGUUGAGAGAAUCGUGGAAAUCUAUGACUCCCUUCAGGAGACAAUAGAACGCUUGGAAGGUGCCAUCACAGACCCAGAGAGGUUCCAGGAGUUGGUCACUGAACUAAGUGGCCUUUUAUCACGUGAGAACCAGCGGCUUCAAGAACUAGCAGAUUUGCUACAAGAAAAACAUCGGCGUACAAGCAAAGAGUUUUCUGUUCUAGGCAAGAAGGUUGAAAAGGCUGAUUCCCGAGUUUCUGAGCUACAAAGUAAAAUUGAAGAUCUGCAGUGGGACAUUGACAAGAUCCGUAAGCGUGAACAAAGGCUUAACAGGCACUUGGCUGAAGUGCUUGAGAGGGUCAACAGCAAAGGCUACAAAGUAUAUGGAGGUGCAAGCAGUUUGUACGGUGGGACAAUCACAAUCAAUGAGAGAAAGUUUGAAGAAAUGAAUUCAGAGCUGGAGGAGAACACGGAACUGGCUGCUAAUCGCCUAGCAGAACUGCAGAAGCUAAAGCAGGAUUUGCAGCAAGUCAACAGUGAGAAUGAAAGGAUGGUGGUGGAAGUUCGAAACUUAGCUGAGGUUGCAGUGAGAGACUCUUCAGAGUAUCGGUGCUUACAGUCCCAGUUCUCUGUGCUUUACAAUGAGUCUCUGCAGUUGAAAUCUCAUCUGGAUGAAGCCAGAGCAAGGCUUCAUGGAACCAGAGGAGCAAGGCUGCGACAGCUGGAUCAUAUGGAGCAUGAUGAGAUUGCUCUUCAGAAAAAGCUUCGAACAGAAGUAAUCCAGUUAGAAGAUACUCUCGCACAAGUACGCAAGGAGUAUGAGAUGCUUCGGAUUGAGUUUGAGCAGACACUGGCAGCCAAUGAGCAAGCAGGUCCUAUCAAUAGGGAGAUGCGCCACCUUAUCAGCAGUUUGCAAAACCACAACCACCAGAUGAAAGGAGAGGUUCAGAAGUGUAAACGUCGUCUCCGGGAGGCCCAAGCAGAGCUUGCUAAGGCUCGCCUCCAACGUGGCUCCAUGCUCCUCCAGCCACAGUCCAGCACUGAACUUGAACCCAAAGAGGAUUGCAUUACUUCACCUGUGACGCCUACAUCUUCUGUCCCUACUGAUAAUUCUGUCAAGACAGAGUCAGAGGCUGGAUCCACUCCUGUAAGCCUAACUGCUCCCACAGGAGUCAUAUCUAGCACGGCAGCUGUCAAGAUUGAGCCCCCUGCUGCAGCAGAGGAAGAAGAGGAGCCACUGCAGCCACUAGUCAAGGAAGAGGAAAAAGAGAGAGAAAAAGAAAGAGAGCGAAUCUCUGUGAGUACCCGAUCUGUAAAGGAGGAACGUGAGAGAGAAAAAUCUGCAUCCAUCCAAUCUGAGGAGUCGGAGCGGCCUGGCGGGGUGACAAAGAGAAAGGAGAUGGAACAGCUUAAGCUACUGCGGGCUGAGCUAAAGAAAGCCCAAGAGUCACAAAAGGAAAUGAAACUUUUGUUGGAUAUGUACCGUUCUGCGCCAAAGGAACAGCGUGAUAAAGUUCAGCUUAUGGCAGCUGAAAGGAAAUCUAAAGCAGAGGUGGAGGAUCUGCGACAAAGACUUCGUGAACUUGAGGAGCGGGAAAAAAAGGAAGGGAAAAAAAUGGCAGAUGAAGAAGCCCUAAGAAAAAUGAGGAGUGUAGAGGAGCAAAUGGAGAAUCUUCACAAAAAAUUAUCCAUUGCCAAACAGGAAGAGGAAGCUUUGCUGUCAGAAAUGGAUGUCACAGGCCAAGCCUUUGAGGACAUGCAAGAGCAGAACAUUCGUCUUAUGCAGCAGCUGCGAGAGAAAGAUGAUGCCAAUUUUAAACUAAUGAGUGAGCGGAUCAAAGCCAACCAGAUCCACAAGCUGCUAAAGGAAGAGAAAGAGGAACUUGCUGACCAAGUCUUGACACUUAAAACACAGGUGGAUGCUCAGUUGCAAGUGGUGCGAAAGCUAGAGGAAAAGGAACACUUGCUGCAGAACACCAUCACGACAGCCGAGAAGGACUUGUCCUUGCGGAGUCAAGCAUUGGAAAUGAAUAAACGCAAGGCAGCAGACGCCACACAAUUGGCUGAUGAAAUCAAAUCCCAGCUGGAAAGUAUACAGUCCAAAUUACGAAGCAUGCAAGAGGAGAUUAUUGAAAAUAGUGUCUCGCGUGAGAAGGAAGCCUUUAACUCCCGUCGAGCUCAGGAAGACAUCUUCAAACUGCGACGGAAGCUUGAGAAGACCAAGAAGCCUGAUACUGUACCCAACUGUGAUGAUAUCCUGAAUGAGGAGAUCAAAGAGUUCAAGACGCGACUGACCUGCCCCUGCUGUAAUUCCCGAGUAAAAGAUGCCGUGCUGACCAAGUGCUUCCACGUCUUCUGUUUUGAGUGUGUGAAGACCCGUUACGACACACGCCAGCGCAAGUGUCCCAAGUGCAACGCUGCCUUUGGAGCUAACGAUUUUCAUCGCAUCUACAUUGGGUAGCAAAAGACAUUGGGUAUUUAAUGAAAAGGGGUAUCGGCUAUUGCCACGGAGCAGAGGCAUUGAGAGAGAGAGAGGAGAGAGAAAUGGCGACCUGUUGAGAAUGUAGAUGAUCAAGAGAUCGAGGACGAGGCUUUCUUUACAACAGCUGGGCCCUCUGAUAUUUGUCCACAAAGAAGUGGCACCCAAGUGAGUAGCACAGAUCUGCCAUUAUUUCAACAUGGUGCUUGGUAUUCUCACUGUGAAGCAUCCCACAUCAAGUCGCAGUGAGCAAGACACUGCCAACUUCUGACACACACACACACAGAGAGAACUAACUUGCAGGGAAGAGUAAGAAGUUCCGUACUCCCAUCCUGACCUGUAAGUGGUGCUACUAUUGUGUUUGUAUUGUGUCUGCGCUCACAUUCCAGUAUGUUCAUUUAUAACAAACCGGCGCCUUUCAGCUAAAUGAGAAACGCAACUGAAACAAACUAAUGGAAGGAAAAUGCAGUCAUUUAAAUUUGUGUUCAGGAUGUACAUUUUCUGUUCGUUCAGCUAAUGCAAUCUAGAUACCUAGCCAUAUAAAGAAAGGACUGCAUUAUUUGGAAUUGUUUUAGGGGGG